CAGGUGUGCUGUUGGGUGGAAUUUGACGAAAUCCUGCGCUGCGCCUUGCCCAUUCACGUAACUCGUGCUUCCUCUGGAGCCCGAGGGGUGUGGAGCUUGGAGGUCGGUUGGCUGAGGUUGAGACCAGGGCUUGAGGAUGCUCAGCGGCAGCACCCUGAUGUCCCGUGCUCGGGGCAGGUGCAGCCUGAUUGAGGCAGCAGAUGUUCUGUGUGCACGAAGGCCGGAACAGAUGAGAGUGCGGUUGCUGAUGCAGAAGUGGUUUUCUUCUAGGUUGCAUGCAGAGCCAUUGCUGUUGCAGCUGAAGGCCUAACUGCUAUGACUGAAUGGUCAGUAUGUGACACUUGCCUGGUGUUCGGUGCCAGGUCUGGACGCAGCUUUACAGCAGCAUAACUAUAUUAAAGCUAAACCCAAAAGGGUGGUUUGUUUCAGCACUGUUUAUUUCUUUAGUUCCCCAAAAUAAACAUGGAUUGGUGGCAGCCCAGGGAUGUAACACUCAGGAACAUGAGAGCGUUAAUUAUUUCAGAGGAUGCAAAUACAGGAUUGAACUUCAUCUUUGGAAGAUGAAGAAGGAAUCAAAUGGGGGAAAAGUCUCAUGGUUUUUUUUUCUUUGUCAUUCGUUUGCAGUCAUUUUAGGUUUGAUAGGAAGAUAAGAGAGCUUUUGCUUUCUGGGAUAGAUGAGUAAUGCAGCCUGCAUACAUAGUUUGUAUGUUCAAAUACAAUUUUGCACAGGAAUUUUAAAGCAUAGUACUUGUCUGUCUUGGAUGUGAUUUCACUGACAAAGUAUGUAUUUUGAAAGAAGUUUUGUGAUGUUACUACUUAUUGCAAAGAAAAGUAAAGGGGGUCUGGAAGAAACUAUCUGGUCUAGGCAUAGGGAAAAUGCUGCUUUUAUAAAUUGAGCUUACUAAGUUUAUCAAUGCGAGCUGCAAUAUGGAGAAAUAUAAAAAAGUUGUUUUGCUUGUAUGUAUCCUACCUUGCAGCCCCUGCCAAUGCUGUAGCCUUACCUCAAAUCGAAAGGAAGGCCAAAAUUGUAGUGGAAAUGUGUUGUUUGCUCACUGUUGAAUGACAGGUGUGCUUUUAAAGGGCUUUUAGACAUGGUCCACACUUGACUCGUUUGAGUAGCCAGACCUCACCUAGUCAACUCCAGACCUUAAGCAUUUGAAGUAGUCCCUGUGCAGAAACGCUUGGGCAUUUGCAAGAGUGUUGAUUGUAAAACCACACAGAGACAAUUGUGGAUCAUUACCCGGCGUGUUCCUGUGGGAGUGGUAGAGUAUCUGCUCUUCAACUCUGACUUAAUUUUUAACAGAGCGCAGCAACUCAAAAAUGCCAGAGCCUCCUCAGAAAGCCAGAAUCUGUGCACUAUGAAAGUAGAGACUUUCAGAUGUGUUGCAGGCAGUCCACCUACAGUCACUGCAGGAAAAGAUUAGAGAAUAUUCAUAUCUUCUCGGGUUUUGGGGAGACAGUUUGGAGGAGGUGAUGACACUGCUGAGAGGGAGGGUGAAGUUGAUUUCUGCUGUGGGGAAGCUGGCAUCUGUAGCAUCAAGAAACAGCUAUGGGAGAUGUACAGUAUUUACAGGAAAGUUUGAUCUAGGAUUUGAAGUCUGAACAGUCCUGUUAAACCUCUUUUCUCUCUUCUUCCACCUCACUAGUAAUCCUGUAAAGUGCAAGACUGCAAAUGUUACUGGUACCUUAAAAUAGGGGCUUAAAGGCCUGCAUGGCUUAGUUUCUUGAUUUGUUUCCUUUAUCCAGUAUUCAAAUACAUGCCCAUCCUUACCAUCUGCUGCAGAACUACCAGUGGAGGGAUAUACAGAGAAGACAACCAGGGAUUUCUCGCUAUGGAAUUGCUGUGAGAUGAAAGGCACUGAAUGAGGAAUGGGAGAGAGGAGCUGGAUGUGUUGGGCACUUCUGACCACAGUGGCAUCUGGACUGCUCCAUCAGUUAGGUCUUUCACUUCUUGACAAGAGGACCUGCAAUUUGUGUGGACUUUUUUCUGUCUGUGGCUAUGUCUGGCUUUGUGUUUUGACAAGGGAAGUUGACAUCUUGACUUCAUCUUCCACUUUUUUCGUCUCCAUCCCCUUUGGCCUUUUAUGUUCUCUCUGCCCUCCCUCUCACCUCCCACUGUUAUUUUUCUCCCUCUCCUCCUUUAGCCUCACAGUUUUGUAGGCCUCCCACCUUAUGUCCCCCCUCAGCCACUUCCACUGAGUGUGUUUCACUUCAGCUUCAACUGUUUUCAUUUCAGUUCCAGUCUCUGAUGCAGAUUCAUUCUGUGAUUUUGCAUGAGUUCUAUGUGGCCCUGCUAUCAAUGAUUAUAUGGUCCAUCUUUUUUGGUGGUCAGUGUGCAGGCAAGGACUUCAUCUGAUCAGCAUCUCCCUCUAUCUUGGGAGUGCCUCCAGUAGUUAAAUUGACAUCCCUGUAAUGUAUAUCUUCAGUUUUAUGUUUUCCAAAUAAGAUAUAAAACAUAACUAGAAAAUAAUAGUGGGUGAACUUGACCUCCAGUAAGUCUUAACUGCAUAGUCACUAUGUGUGGGUAGCUCAGUUAAAUCGCUUAAUGAAUAGGCAAGAAGCAUCUGAAACCAGCAAAACAGAAGUAUUAUUAUGCAACAGCAGUCAGUAGCAGUAGCAAAGGUCAUUCGUCCUACCCAGCAUCUCUAUCCAAAUGGGAAAAUGACUUGUGCUUUUUAAUUUUGUUAGGAAAACUGCCCCUGAAUUCAAAGUGGUUCAAUUCUAAAACAAGUUUUGACGAGUGGAAAUGUUUUAAUCUCUGUAAUAGAGUCUAUUUUUAAUUAUUGUUUUAGUUGAAAUUAAUUCAGUCCUCAAUAUUUGUUUGUGUGAAAGACUGAGUUUCCAGUAGCUAUGAGAACACUGUGUGCUAUUUCAUCUCUGCCUAGGUGUGGUGCUGGUAUUCAGGAGUGUUUUCUUUAUGAUUUUCUGUCUUCUGGUAUGUGCUUAUGUCUGGGCUUGAUUGGAAAUUGGAAAAUGUUACCAAGCAAAAGAUGUAGAAAAAGGCCUGCUGCAAGCUUGAAAUCUGUGAUAAUAUGACAGUGAAGUGAAUAAUAUUGAAUUAGUUUUACAGUAAAGCCCAGUGAUGUAAUUGCAUCCAAUGAAAACUGCUGCUAUUAUCCCAAGCUGCUUGAAUGCAUCUUCCUGGCAAGUCUGGUGUGAGCACACCUGAGCUGGGAUGGCCUCUGGAAGCCGCCUGUGAUGCUGCCAGGACAUAAGGGGCUGGUAUGACUGGUCAUCCUGCUUGCUUUCAUCAUUUGGGUCAUCCUGCUUCCUUUCCAUCUGUCCUGCUUGUCUGACAAGGUCUGCAGUGAUCUGUGCAUUGGUAAGGAGAAGAGGGAAGUGCUGGAGUGACUCUUAAACUGAUGCUGCUGGACUGAGCCUACUGUGCUGCUACUCUGCCCUCACAAGUAUGUUUCAGGAAUGAAAUCACUACUCUUUCAUUCCCAAAGUGUAUGUGCUGGUCCUGCUCGUGAAGUGCUUCUGUAAACAGUGAUGUGAUGACUCCAGUAAUGGUUUGGUUUUUUUUUUUUUCAGUUGCAGUAAGUGUUUUUAAAAGCUAUUUCAAAAUGAGGAGAAGGCAGAACCAAUGAAGAAAGGUAACAUGGCUGUGGUUUCACAGCAGGGCUAGGCUUACUUCCUGCUGCAUUUGAAAAUUAAUUUUCUGCUCAUUAGAUCCAGUAGCAGAUUCAAUCCCUGUGCCUUGGCAAGGUGUGCUUAGAGGACAUCAUUUCCACAGGAAAAUGUUCCUUCCUUUUUCCAGAAGAUAUUCUUGUGCUCUCCACACAUUUCACCUCCAGGUAUAUUCCACCUAAGGACCUGCAGUGUAUGGUGUGGCUUUGUGAUGUCAGAAUUGAUGCCAGUUACUGGAAUGGAAAUGGAAAUGGAAAGUAGAUGCCUUUUCUUUCUCCUGACUUGCUGGCCCAUGUCGAUUUGGUGGUGCUCAACGGCACAUGCAGAGCGUUCUCAGAGACUCUGUGGAGAGCUCCGAUGAUGAAUUCUUUGAUGCACGGGAGGAGAUGGUGGAAGGAAAAAAUGCUAUUCUCAUAGGCAUGAGCCAGUGGAACUCAAAUGACCUUGUUGAGCAGAUAGAAACAAUUGGGAAGCUUGAAGGAAAUCAAGGUGAAGAGUCUGCAUUUUGCUCAUCUGGCUUUCUACAAGAAAAACAACGUGAAUUAUAUAGAACCUCUUUAAGAAAACAAAGGUUCCCUGCACAAGGCAGUAUUGAAAUACAUGAGGACAAUGAGGAAGGAGUUCAACACCAGAACUGCAAAACUCACGUGUUAAUUUUGAUCCUACAUGGGGGGAACAUAUUAGACACUGGAAGUGGAGACCACAGCAGCAAGGUGGCAGACAUCAACACCUUCAGUUCUGUGUUUGAGAAAGUGACCCGAGCCCAUUUCCCUGCCUCUUUGGGCCACGUUUUAAUGAGACUUGUUCCCUGCCCAGCAAUCUGUUCAGCAGCUUUCUCUCUUGUUUCCAGCCUAAAUCCCUACAGCUAUGAUGAGAGCUGUCUCAGCAGCAGUGAAGACCACAUCCCACUGGCUGCCUUGCCUUUGCUGGCUGUUUCAUCUCCUCAGUACCAGGAUGCAGUUGCCAUGGUGAUCAGUAGAGCAAAUCAAGUUUACAAUGAGUUUCUCAAAUCUGCUGAUGGGGCUGGUUUUAAUGGACAGGUGUGUCUUAUAGGUGACUGCAUUGGAGGAAUUUUGGGCUUUGAUGCCAUCUGCUAUAAUUCUAAUACAGCUUACGAGAGUCGGAACACUAGCAGGAGAGGAAGCAUCAGCAGCAUCCAGGAAAAUCCACUCUUAGCAGAGGACUCCAGUCUGGAUGACAGCAAACAGCUGAGCAGAAGCACUGUUGACAUCUCGGGAGUCAUGGAGGAUGAGAAGCCUCGGAAGCAGAGUGACUCAUCCACGUAUGACUGUGAUACCAUAACCCAGCAUCAUGCAUUCCUGUCCAGCAUCCACUCAAGUGUGUUGAAAGAUGGUGCAGAUCUUCCUCCUGUGGAUUCCAGUCUCUCAGAAGUAAAUCUGGGCCGAUUUGAAUUUGAGGUGUCUGAUUUCUUCCUUUUUGGAUCACCGCUUGGUUUGGUGCUGGCCAUGAGGAGCACUGUUCUGCCUGGUCUGGAUGUAUGCCAGGUCCGACCAGCCUGCAGCCAAGUGUACAGCUUCUUUCACUCUGCUGACCCCUCUGCCUGCAGACUUGAGCCCUUGUUGGAGAAAAGAUUCCAUCUUCUUCCUCCAUUCAGUGUCCCACGGUACCAGAGAUACCCACUAGGGGAUGGAAGAUCUCACCAGUUAGGUGAUGUUCUCCACAACCACAGUGCUCUAUUCCUUGAGAAUAGCUCUUUGAACAUGCCUUUCUCUCAGGAGAGUCCUGAAUCUCCAAAUACAUCUGAUCAACCACAAGGGAAAACAAGAAAGCUGAGCUUGGGCAGCACAAACAGUGAAAACUCCGGGUCAACUGAAAGCUUGUCAUCAGCAUGCCUCACCAACAUUACUGCAAAGUGGUGGGGAACAAAACGAAUAGAUUAUGCCUUGUAUUGUCCAGAUGUGCUGACAGCCUUUCCAACGGUGGCCCUGCCACAUCUCUUUCAUGCCAGCUACUGGGAAUCAACAGAUGUUGUGGCAUUCAUCUUAAGACAGGUGAUGAGGUAUGAAAAUGUAAAUUUUAAGGAAAGUGACAACCUGGAUCCAGAAACACUAAGUCUCUCCAAUCCACGAGAAAAAUGGCUACGCAAAAGAACACAUGUCAAAUUGAGGAAUGUGACUGCUAAUCACCGAGCUAACGAUGUCAUUGCAGCAGAAGAUGGUCCUCAGGUACUAGUUGGGCGCUUUAUGUAUGGACCUCUGGACAUGGUGGCUUUAACAGGUGAAAAGGUGGAUAUCUUCAUAAUGACUGAGCCAUCUUCGGGUAGGUGGGUGUAUUUUGACACAGAGAUAUCCAACAGCAGUGGACGAAUAUCCUACAAUAUACCUGAACAGAAGAGAUUGAGAGUUGGUGUGUAUCCCAUCAAAAUGGUGGUCAGAGGGGACCAGAGCAGUGCUGCAAGUUACCUCACUGUACUGCCCCGAGGAAUGGAAUGUGUUGUGUUCAGCAUUGAUGGUUCCUUUGCAGCAAGUGUUUCAAUUAUGGGAAGUGACCCCAAAGUCCGAGCAGGGGCCGUUGAUGUUGUCAGGCAUUGGCAGGACCUGGGGUAUCUGAUUAUCUAUAUCACCGGCCGUCCAGAUAUGCAAAAACAGCGUGUGGUUUCAUGGUUGUCCCAACACAAUUUCCCACAAGGGAUGAUCUUCUUCUCAGAUGGACUUGUUCAUGACCCACUGCGACAAAAGACCAUUUUUCUCCGGAAUCUCAUGCAAGAGUGCCACAUCAAAAUCUGCGCCGCAUACGGUUCCAUGAAGGAUAUUUCUGUGUACAGUGUUUUGGCUCUGUCGCCAUCCCAGAUCUACAUAGUUGGACGAUCCACAAAGAAAUACCAGGCACAAUGCCAAUUCCUCACUGAAGGUUACGCAGCCCACUUGGCCUCGCUGGAGUUCAGUCUCCAUUCACGACCCAAAAGGAACAACUCUCGGAUGAUUUUGAGAAAAGGCAGCUUUGGCCUCCACUCACAACCUGAGUUUUUGCGCAAGAGAAACCAUCUCCGCCGGACUAUGUCUGUACAGCAACCCGACCCACCUUCUUCAAACCCCAAGCCAGAGCGUGCUCAGAGCCAGCCUGAAUCAGACAAAGAUCAUGACAGGCAUUUGCCUUCCGUUGCUUGGGUUCGAGGUGGAGUUCACAAAUUUGAAUCCAUUCCCUAGGAGGAUUGGGAAUGUAGAUCUUGGGUGCACCCCAUUAAACUCGUAGGCAUGCCUCAAAGAUAGUAUUUAGGCAGCUCCAAACUAAGAGAAGUAGACAGGAAUUUGUACCUUGGAGUCUUCCCUGUUCUGAAAUCUGCCUUCUUACACCAAGUGGGGCACUUUCAGUCUCUUCCUCUUAUCAUGUCUAUUGAGGAAGAUUAAAACAAUCUAAAACUAUCACAAGCUUAUCAUCAUAGCAACAGGUUAUUUUUUGGAAUAGAUAUAAUGUGUGCAAUAAGAGGAAAAGAUACUGAUUUUACUAUGAAGGAUUGUGGUAUCAGCUAAUUAGCUGCAUCCAACAGUGUAAAGGGUAGGUCUGACAGGUUACAGAGAAGGUUUAUGCUUUAAGCAUUAAGUAGUCAUGUCUGUUUCCACUUCACUUUUCAAUAAAAGUGAUAAAGGGAAGCAGCAGUGGAAGCUACAAUAACAGGUGGUUCUGACUUGUACAACAAGAUGCCUUCUGGGUGCAUUAAACUCAAGGUUUCCUUUCGGCCUAAAGUGUUGGUCAACAGACUCCAACAUGGGCACUCAUGUUUGUGUGAGGUGCUGGAAAAAUAAAAGAGAGAACUUCACUUGUGAACCAAACAUAAAAACUUCAUGUUAAAAAUGUAUGUGUCUGCCACAGUUUGAACACAGUUAGUGUUGUUGUAAACAAAGUAGUGUGCAACUGUACAAAGAUCACAUUGUUGGUGGAACUUGGUGACUGUGCAAAAAUGUGUGGACUACUCCAAAGAAGAUGGCUCUGAUGAUCUCAAUCCGAGAGUCAGAUCCUAGGAGGGCAAGUUAAAAGGAACCGUUUUACUAAGGGAUCUGCAAACUUCAGAGCAGUUACUUUUUUAAAUUAUUAACUAGAAUCUUUACACUGAAGGGGAAAAAAAGGUAAUUAAGUAAAUUGAUAAAUUGUUUACCUUCUCAUGCUUCACAGCAACUGCUGUAUUAAGACAAUCUGUAGCAUUCAGAAUUAUAGCAAUUUGAGCUUCAAAGGGUGGAAACAUGCAAAAAUACAGGUGCCAAAUAGACAUUUUUCUACUGAUUUAAAUUUCUCUCUGAUCUCACAAUGGACUUACUGGAAGUAAAAUGUGACGUUUUCCCUAAGUAGUAGUAUUUCUUAAGCAUUAUGGUUACUUUAACAUAGUAGCAGUUUGCAGAUUCUUCAUGCAGAUACUUCCACGGAAAUUCAUCAAGAGAACUUUAAUGACUAAACUGACGCAUGUUUUAAAACCUGCAAUGAAGUUAUAACUGCACAUAAAAACCCAUUUUUUUAGAGUUAAAAAUAUAUAAUAUUGACACGGAAAAAGCUUGAAGUCUAAAGGACAUUCUUUUUCCAGGUUUGUUGUUUGUUUUUUAUUUCAGGGAAUUGGAGUGGAGAGGGUGUUGAGCCUCUCCAUCUCCCUUUCAGGUUUUGCUGGACCAGAAAGAGUCUUUCACUGAGUUGGUGAAUGAUUUCGAAAGUUAACAUGUAAAACAAGAAAUGCAAUGGAAAUGUAAUAAGACAGUGCAGAAGUAAAGUAAGUCUUUACUCCCUGUUAACCCUGAAGCUUCAGUGGACUUUUGGAAGGGUGUAGGAGUGUAGCUUUUGUCUUAAGAGGCAGCAAAAUAGCUUGUAAGUGGUGAUCUUUGAUUUAUAUUUUCAGACAUUACUUGACAAGAUUGUCAGUUGCCUAUUUCAAACUUCCUGAAAUACGUCUGGCACAUUAGUAGUUGGUUUUUUGUUUUGUUUUGUUUUCUAAUGCUUCCUUUAAGGGAAGGGGUAAUCUCUGCUGAAGAUUAAGGAAAAGAUGUAAAAAUUUUGGUAGCAAACACUCUUUGGGAGCAGGUAAAUACAUUUCAAGGGGCUGGGGUUUUGUGCUCUAGGGUUUGCUACAAAAGCUAAUUGAACGGUAGUUUGCAAACUACAUUGAAACAGUCUUUACAUUUACAAAUGCUUUCCCAGUAGUAUCAUUGCUUUUGAACCCAUGAAAUUGAAGGAUUUAUUCCAUGUUCUGUCUCAGCCCAUUGCAUGUAUUAAUUCUAAUCACAUAGUCCAUUUCUUCUCUUCUGUGUUGCACUAGGGGGAGGUUGCACGGUGGCACCAACCUCCAUCUCCUAGUGAAUUUACUGUUAGCAUGCUCCUGCUUGUUAGUUUUUAAUAGCAUGGGAAUCCAAGGCUUGUGAGAGAGGAACUUACUAGGAAAAUUUUAAGUUUGCUGCAGAGUCUAAAAUAUUGACUGAUCGAAAAGUUCUUUGUAAGCAUUGGGUGUUGUGUAGCAUGUCUCCUGACAGUAAUCGCUAUUUCUGUUCAAAGCUACUCUUGCUUUAGUCAUCUACCUCUAUCACCCAAGAGACUUAAACCUAUUUUUUUUGUUUUAAAUUGCUGUAGUAGAAAGGUCUACUUCCUUUCAAAAGAGGAAUCUGUGUAAUUCUGUGACUGUAUUGAAGGAAAUAGUGUCUGAGUACAAGGUUAGAAAAAUCUCCGAGGUUAUAAAGGGCUGUCUUUUACUCUUGGAGACAUAAUGUCAUUUUACAGGGUUCCAUGUCAUGAAGACUCUGAUAUUUCUAUUAAUAACCGGGUCACCUUUACAGUAGUCACUCUGCUGGCUUCCUUUAAGAAUAUUAGGAGCUAAUAGCAGUAAAACGUGUGUGUGUGUGUGUGUGGGAUUGUGUGUGGUAAGAAUUUCAAAGUUUCUACAACAUGGUAUUAAAAUCAAGCUGAAAAUAUUCUCCCUAAGUUUGUUCUCAUACAGUAUAUGAGAGCUUAUAUGGCAUUUGCAUAAUUCAAGCACUACUGACUGCUCAUAGCUGGAAUGGUUUAUCUUGUGAUCACAUGCUCCAGCUGUGCACUUCGGCAAAAUAGUGAUACAGGCAUUUUAGUUACACACAUGAAACUGCAUCCAGUCAUUCACAGGCAUUCAUCUUGCUAUUGGAUUUCAGUUCUACUUGUGUUUUCAUAGAAAAUCAGUCUCCUAGGCAGGCCAUUUGCUGAGGGUAAGUUUGAUCCUACAGUCAUCUUAUUCUUGAUUGCAAGUCCUCAUUGCUGCAGUUUCUGUGCAGUCAGCACUCACUUAAACUGUACAGACAAUGAAAGUGCUUUAGCAUACACGGAAGGACAGAGGUGUAUGCCCACAGAACAUACAUUAGACUUAUCAGUUGCAGCACCGUAAGUUGUUUAGUGCCUCCAGUGUGUAACAGAGAAGCACAUUCUUUUAACAUGCUGAAUGGAGGAAGGAAUAAAUGAAAUUGUAAAAUGCAAAAUUGUUAGUCCAGUGGGUGCUAAUGCUACAGUGCAAGUAAGCCACAGUUGGAAGCAUUUACUUCUCGUCCUGUUGAUAUGGAUCCAUUUUAAAUUACUGUAAAAAAAAUGGCUGUGAUUAAUAGCAGUGGUAGAGUUAUUGGAGAUAUUGUGAAAACACACCUUCACAACUGUGGUGUUUUGGUUUUGUCUGUGUGUACAUGUGUAUAGCUACUGGAAGACACUUAAGUUUUGGUCCUGCUCUCACAGCAAAUUUGUAACCUAUAUACAUUUAAAAAAAGAACAAAACCAACUCAAACACAGCAACAGUGGCUGUCUGUUCAAUUUUGUUGUCUAGCUAGGUAGGUUUGGAACAAAAUAUCAUUGUAUAGAUUGCAGAAUUGAAUAGUGAUGUUAAUCCAAAUCUGCUUAUUUUGAAUGACAUUUUUGUUUGCAUACACUAGUGCUCUUAGAAUAGAUUUUUGCUUGACCAAAGUCUUCCUGUUUAGUUUUGUGGCAUGGUUUAUAUCUAUUCAGCAUAAAAUUCUGUUAGGUGUGGAAAUGACAAAGUACUGGUAAUUCUUAUUCAUUGGGGUUCAUGAGAGCCGUCAUUUUUAUUUGUUUACAUUAAACUAGUCUUAAUUUAUACAGAUUACUUCACUUUUUCCUCUAAUACCUAGAGAAGUCACUUCCAAACAGCUAAAACUUUCAUUGGUUAUGUAGAAGGGGAACUAUCUAUAAACUAGAGAAAAAAAGUUACACACCCUGGUCUAUGCAGGACAACGACAUUUUUUUCAGAAGCCCCACUAUUCUGCAAAAUAGCCUUUGUUUGUCAUUACUAGUGAACAAGUUCUCCUGUUUAUACAUUGCAGUCUUUCUUUAGCCAGGACACUACGAAUGUGUGUAUUUAACAAAUCCUCAAUACUUGGAUCUAUAAUAGCAUCAUGUCCUUCAUGGAACAAAUUUAUAAAGGGAAAAAUUAUUUUUUCCCCUUCUUUCUAUGUAGUUUUCUGUUUUAAAUUUGCUAAAAGCUUUUUUUGUAAGCAUUUAAAAUAUCUGAAACCAGUAGGUAUUUUUAAGUUUUAAAAUUUGUAGGUCCAACAGUUGUUACUGAACAAGUAGGAUUUUCCCCAGUUUUUUUUUUCCUUCGUGGCAUCUGGGCUGCAGAAAGGUGAGUGCAUCGUCAUAGGACUAGAUGAUUGGAGCAGGGGUAUCUUUUUGGUAAACUCAUUGGCUUGAUAAUGGAGAGAUGAGGAUUAUACACCACAAUUUCAUAAUUUUUCUGAUUAGACAGUGACACGUGGUGUAUGAACUGAAGAUCUCUGCAUUAAUUGUUCAUGUCAGGCAUGCAGGGGAGAAAGUGGCACUUUGAUCCUCAUCUGGAGCUGGUACAGGAUAGAAUUCCUAUAAACUUUUCAGCCUACCUUUCUCAGCUUCUCUAGAACAAUGAUUCCUCGUGGUCCGUGGUCAAAGCUUAAGCAGGAAUAGUGGAUUUGUCAACGUAAUUAAGACUUCUGUGAUGUUUAGUCACUCGAGGUAACUAUAAAUUCCUACAGCUGAGCCUAAAUUCAGAACCCCCAUAAAAAUGGAAAAAAAUAUGUUUCUGGAUGAAAAUAUUCGUUUUUCAGAAAUAAUGCCUGGAACAGCUAGAAUCCUGUGCCAUGGGGUCUGGAAUUGAGAGCAUGUGUUGGCCCUUUCACUCAUUUUAGGUCAAGCCCAACAGACAGGAAUUAUUACUGGGGAAGAUAAAUUUUACAGUUCAUUUGUCAUUUGUAUGGAUGUAUAGAACAUAGGAGGGAGAAAAGAGAGAGGCAGGUUUACUGUGACAUGCUGGGAGAUGGUCUACCAGAGAUUGCAGCAUUGAGAAAUGAUUUACAGAUAGCAAGUUUGAAAGGUAGGGUUAUUCCUGGAUGACUGGUGUACAGUCCAGAAUGGCUCCUCUCACAGAACCCCAAGGCUUAUGCAUAACUUGUUUUUCUAUUUGUGGGGAAGAGAAGGGGCAGUCCCCUUACAACUGAAUUCACACAAGAAAACUUGAAAUUGUAGGUGUUCUUUCAGUCUAUAGUUUUAUUAAGUGCAUACUUUUAAAUAUUGUCAGUGAGAAGGUUCUAUCUGGUGACAAAUGUUUAUAUUUCUUAUGGCUACCUUGUAAAGAUUCAAAAAUGUACAAUAAUUUCUUAAUAUGAAAUAAGGAGUACGAUUUCUACAACUGCUAUAGAUUUUGAUGUGAGCUGGUUUUUAAAAUCUUAAAACAGAUUGGCCACUUAAAUAAAACCUUCCUUGCCUUUAAACAAA